UUGUCAGCAGUUUGACUCCGGAGUUGUUGUGAAUCAGAGGUAGGGGAGGACACCCCAGUUUUUUUACGACUCACCGGCCUCCUGUGCUCCUUCCUUCGCUUCAGUCGAAAUGGCGAACACUCAACAGCGAAAGAAUGCAGCCCAAAAUAAUCGACCCUCUAAACUACUUAGCCAGUCCGAAAAUGACCAGGUGUUUAACCUUAUGGGAAGGAGGUGUGUGGCUGUGGCGACGACUGUCGUACAACUAUUCAUUGCUCAGCCCCCAAACAACUGGACCAAGAAGCACUGUGGGGUUGCAUGCUUCAUAAAAGACGUCAACAAACGCUCGUACUACAUCAGGAUCUUUGAUAUGACGAAAAAUCAGAAGGUAUGGGAGCAAGAGCUGUACAACCAGUUCAAGUAUAAUGUCAUCAGUAACAAGCCCUUCUUUCAUACAUUUGCAACAGACAAAUGCUGGGCAGCCCUGAACUUUGCGAGUGAAUCUGAAGCCAGUGAAUUCUCACAAGCUAUUCAUGCUAAGCUUCAGGCUAAGCAGGAUCGUAGAGCAGAGAAGAAACGUCAAGCUCCACCCGCACCUUCCAGGAACCGCCCAAGCGCUGCUCCUCCAUUGCCUGCUCCCAACAAUAGGAGAAGUUCAUCAGCAGUCCCGGUUUCCCAUUCCGAUACCAGAUUACAUAGUCAAAGCAGAUCACCAUCUUACCGCCAGAAACAACGUCGGUUUUCUACCAGCGACUCCCACUCCCCUCGUGGUAGCAAUGCGCAACCUUCCUCUCCAACAACAAUCGACACAUCUACGAGCAAGAAAAAGGACAAGAAGAAGGACAAGGGUAAGAAAGGAAAGAUUACCAAAGCCGACAUCGGAACACCACAAGAUUUCAAGCAUGUCAGCCAUGUUGGAUGGGAUCCUGAAAAGGGCUUUGAUGUUGAAGAGAUGGAUCCAGUCCUCAAAGAUUGGUUUCGCAAAAUCGGUGUGUCGGAUGCAGACCUAAAGGAUCAGAAUACAGCCUUGUUCAUCAAGGACUUUGUGGAGGAACAUGGUGGUUUCGAGGCCAUCAAAAACCUUGCCGAUACAAACCAGGCGCCCCCUCCCCCUCCCUCUCGCAGUUCCGCUCCACUUCCUCCACCACCCAUGGGAAACCGUGGGGUUCCCCCACCACCCCCAAGCCGUGGUCCUGCACCACCGCCUCCCCCUUCGCAAUCAUACCGCGGGGUGCCUCCACCCCCACCACCCUCCCGUGCCCUCCCCCCUACGCCCCCAAUGGCAGCUCCACCCAUGCCUCCACCAAGCAUGCACCAUCACUCACGCCCUGCUGCGGCCCCUGCCCCACCACCUCCUAUACCAUCAGGUGGAGGAGGAGGAGGUCCCCCACCCCCUCCCCCACCCCCUCCACCUGGUAUGGGUGCAAUGCCUCCCCCGCCUCCUGUAAGCGGGGGUGGUGGUGGGGGCGGUGGUGGUGGUGGUGGUAAUAGUCGUGGAGGGCUACUUAGUGACAUCCAUAAGGGUAUUUCUUUGAAGCGAGUGGAACCGGACGAGAGACCUGCUCCUGCCAGCACUGGAAGAGGAGCUCUACUGGAUCAGAUCAGAGGAGGAAAGGCUCUGAAAAAGGUUGAUGCGACGGAGCGCGAGUCUGAAGUAGCCCCGAAUGCCCCUCAAGAUGGUUUAGGACUAGCUUUACUUAACGCUCUCCAAUCCAGGAAGCAAGUUAUACACUCGGAUGACAGUGAAGAAGACUCGGAUGAAGUGGAUGAUUUUGACGAUGAUGAUGAAUGGGAGUGAUAACCUUGCUGAGGAGAUGAAGGGUUUCUUUAGUCAUUCCGUAGUGACUUAUAUAGGGAUGGUUCGAUUAGCUUCCCUGUGUCAACCCCGGGGGGCUCAUCUUGACAAGACCUAAACAAACGAUACUCGCCCUCUCGUGGUGACGUCAUGCACCAGUCGGGGCAGCCCCAAGUGACCCGUUCCACAAGCAGGGCAUUUGGGGCUGACCCCGGUGAGCCCCAGGAAUGACGUCAAAGCUAUUCGAACAUACCGGGGUCAGACCGGGGUCGAACCGGAGAAGCCAAUCAAACGCACCCAUUAUCUAUAUUCAUAAUUACCAUAGACAGUUUUAACAAGUUUGAACGUCCGUUAUAAACACGGUGAGAAGUGUGCAAGCUUACACUAGGAUAACUUUGGAGUAACGCAAUGAAUACUCACCGAAACAUUCAAUGUACAAUCUAUCAGCAUGUACGCUAAUACAGAUUGUGAAUACAGAUUGUUAUUGUAAUCUUAAAGAAUACUAAAUAAUUUAGUGUUGAUCAAAGAAAAGAAUAAUGAAUUUAAUUUGUUGACCAGAAGGUUAUAGUAUUUGCAGUUGUUUGGUGAAUUAUAAUGCACUUAAUUUUCGCUAAUCUUUUGUAUAAAAAAAAACAAAGUUUGAAUUUUCUUGAUUUUGGAGAAGUGUCUUCCUUGAUGAUAACAUUUGCUAUCAUAACAUUGUCCUUUUUUAAAUAAUAAUAAAAAAAACCAAAGGAGCAAGAUAACAGCCACAAUUUGAAAAAUUAUUGGGAAAAAUGUUAUGGCCGGUAAGCUUCUUUUCGUGUAAGAAGCUCUAUCAAGUUGGACCUUGCUUUAAUACAGCCAAGUUUUAAUAGAUUUGCCACAAUUAAAAGUGUUGAAUUUGCAUAAAAAACAGUUUGUCUAGUUUAUGAAAAUAGCAACACUGCCAAAAUGUCCUUAUACAGAGAGGCAAAACCUCCCAUUCAGUGUUCUUUGUUUUUUACUGGAAAUUUAAUAACAGAAUUUAAAACAAAUAUAAAUGUAUGGGUCAUUACUUUAUUGAAUGGAGACAAAGUAAAAAAUAUGAUAUACUAGUUUUGUUUAUGCAGUAACUUUUAUAAAUAAACAGAUGUCUGUAAGCUAAGCUGUACACACAUUUUUGAGUUCAUAUAAAAUCUAAGUAAGAUCAAAAGACCACUUGCACUUGGGAAAAGAUAUUUUUAUUAAAAAUAAAUGAUGAACGUAUGCAAGUUAUAGAAAGAAAAAAAUAUUUAUCUUAUACUAAAAAGUUCCUGUAGUUAUUUUGGUCAGUUUGUAUAAUGGGCUUUACAUACACACUAUAUGCCUUUGAUAAACAAACUGGUGUAGAUUUCACAAAGAGUUAAGACUAGUCUUAUCUCGAGUCUUGGGACUAGCCAUGCGUUUUUCAUAUCUCUUAGGAUUAGUCCUAAAGUUAGGACUAGUCCUAACUCUUUGUGAAAUCGACCCCUGUGCUGGUCGUCAAGAACAGACGAAUAUUAGCAAAACAUUCAAUCAAGCUAUGUAGAGUAUGAUUAAAUUCAACAUUUUUGCAAAUUUUCAAAAAAUUAAAUAAAUACAUCUUGUGAUUGUCACUGCUCUAGAAUUGCAAUGAUCAUGGGUUCGAAACCCCUCCGAGGAAAAAUACCAGUGAUUUUGUUUUCAAAGGACUUGCGAAAGUACUGAGUAUACAAUGCUUACACGCAUCAAUGUAUAAGGGUGAUACCAAAAUUAAUAUUCUUUAUUCCCGAUGCAAAUUUUACAUCUAUAAUUCCUUUUAUUGGUUGUUUUGUUUUGUUUUCGCCCAAUUCACCACUAUUUCUGAAUAACUAUUUGUGUAUAGUUGUUACAGACUGUGGCUAUCUUUUUUUGCUUUGCAUUGAUGGCUUCCCAUAGUUUUCUAACCUUUGUUGGAAAAAAACUUGGGCUAUAACGCUGAAUAGAAAAGUCUAUAUAAAACAAUCGAUUGAGGAAAACUUAAGCUUUUCCUUAUUGAUUUAAAACAAUUUUAAACUAAUAAUGUAUUGGAACUAGCUUAUAUAAAUUAUACUUCAAAAUACUGUAUUUCUUACUUUGAAUGAAAAAUCUCCUGCAAAGUUAAGUUGAUUGCACAAGAUAGCAUGCUGGCAAUACAUUUUCAACCUCAAUAAAGAGAAUCAAAUGUUGAAUAUAA